GCGCUUACUGAUUACGUAGCGGGUGGGGCCGGAAGUGCCUCUCCCGGGUGGGGGCUGUUCAUGGCGGUUUCGGGGUCUCCAACAGUUUCGCAGGUUAAGGUCCAAAAGCCACCUGAAACGGGGUCACCGGAGCUUGAGGUUCUUGCUGGUGUGAAAUGACUGAGUACAAACUGGUGGUGGUUGGAGCAGGUGGUGUUGGGAAAAGUGCUUUGACAAUUCAGCUAAUCCAGAACCACUUUGUGGAUGAAUAUGAUCCCACUAUAGAGGAUUCCUACCGAAAACAAGUGGUGAUUGAUGGUGAGACCUGUCUGUUGGACAUACUAGACACAGCUGGACAGGAGGAGUACAGUGCCAUGAGAGACCAGUACAUGAGGACAGGAGAAGGAUUCCUCUGCGUGUUUGCCAUCAAUAAUAGCAAGUCAUUUGCAGAUAUUAACCUCUACAGGGAGCAGAUUAAGCGGGUGAAAGACUCUGAUGAUGUCCCUAUGGUGCUGGUAGGAAACAAGUGUGACUUGCCAACAAGGACAGUUGACACAAAGCAAGCCCAUGAGCUGGCCAAGAGUUACGGAAUUCCAUUCAUUGAAACCUCAGCCAAGACCCGACAGGGUGUGGAGGAUGCCUUUUACACACUAGUAAGGGAGAUACGCCAGCACCGCAUGCAGAAGCUCAACAGCAGCGAGGAUGGCACUCAGGGUUGUAUGGGGCUGCCCUGUGUGGUCAUGUAAGAAGACCCUUUGAAAGUUUUAUCAUCAGAAAAGAGCCACUUUUCAAGCUGCACUGAUACCCUGGUUCUGACAUCCCUGGAGGAGACGUGUCCCUGCCACCCUCUGCAUCUCAGAGAAGCUCCUGCUUCCUGCUUCCCUGACUCAGGAGAUGAGCACAGCUGUCUAACUGAGACCUCAGAACAACUACCUCCUCUUGGCUGUCCGACCAGAGCCAUGCCCCGGGUUCUCCCCUAGAAACAAGCACGCCUGCCAGCCGCCUUUGUCCUCUGACACGGAACCAAACUGCAGACAUGCAAUUCAGUUUCUUAAGCUCUAAGGUAGCAACUGCUGGUGAUUGCCCCCAGCCCCACCCAUUGAACUUGGUCUUGAUAGUUCUGAGGGAAAUGUCAUAAAUGACUGUUUUCCCAAUAAUAUAAUUCAUUUUGCUGAUUGGUUGGUUUGUAAUGUGAUCAGCUAUACUCUAUAAACUGGCAUCUGCUCUGUAUUCAUAAAUGCAAGCAUGAAUACUGACGAGUCCAUCCUAGUCUUCUCAACUGCAUGAAAUUAAAUUCAGUUUUCACAACCAAGUGCCUUUCUCCUAAAAGUGGUCUGUAGGCUUCCCUUACAGUUUAUAGGCAGAAUAUAUGUUUCAAGAACCAUGAUACAGGAAAGUGACUGUGAGCCAUCUACCUUUGAGGGAAAGGUGUAUCUACCUGAUGGCAGAUGCCAUGUCUGUGUGCAUGAAGAGAGUUUUCCUGUUUGGGGUUCUCCCAGGAGAAAGAUGGAACUGAAACAAUUAUGAGUAAUUUCACUGAAAAAAUUUAUGGAAGCCGGGUGUGGUGGCGUAUGCCUUUAAUCUCAGCACUCGGAGGCAGAGGCAGGCAGAUUUCUGUGGUUCAAGGCCAG